UAUCUAUAUCGGAUGCGUUUGUAUGAUUCGCUGCUGCUUCCGGUUUAUAACUGAUCUCUGGUUCCGGAGUUUCGAAAAAGUAGUAGAGAAGAUUCGGAGACAUCUCGGUUCUUUGGAGUUUCCUGGUCGAAGAGCGAGAAGAAUCAUGGCGCCGACGGUGAUGGAAUGCUGUGAAGCGAAAUCGGAGCGUUUCAAUGGUGGAACUGGCGAGGAAAGGGUUUCAGGGUUUGGGUCUGUGAAGUUCACGCGAGGAUUGGGGAGGAAAAGGAUCGUGAUUUCUAGCGGUAACGAUCAGGACAUGUUGAAGAGACGACAGUUCAGUAGGGAAAUCGAUCUGGGUUCCGACCAAUCUCCGGUCCCUGAAUCGCCGGAGAAAGCUCAAUUGAAGAGACAACGAAGUGGAGUAAUGGUUCCAAACUCUGACAAGUCUCUGCUCGAGUCUCUGCCUCAGGAUCUUCUGAUUCGAGUGCUUUGUGGUGUCAAUCACGAUGACUUGCAGAGGCUCUUCUUAGUAUCCAAAUCAGUCAAAGAAGCUGCAUCAAUCGCGAAAAGAUCACAUUUCGCGUUUAGCACUCCCAAAAAGACUCCAGCUUUCAGGAACCCGAUUGAUUUCGAUGAAGUUUCCCGCGAUUCCGACGACGUUAUCGACCCUCCUAAUGCCCCGAUUCAGCGAAAAACGUAUCGUGAGGCGCCAUGGACAAAGAACAAGAGGAAAGAUCUUUCUAGUGUUUCCAUGGCAUUGUUCACUUAGAGCUGUAAGAAAACGCUGUCCAAGAUAACACGACGUGAACAAGGUGAAAGCUCAUUGAAGGAUUCAAUUCAAUGGCUUUGCUUCGGGAUGAUCAUCAUCAUCAUCAUGGAUGAUGAUGUAUAUACUACAUUCAUUAGCACGACCUGGAUUCAGAAAGCUUAUUCUUUUUCUGUGUAUAUUGGGUUUUUUACUUAGCCUAGAAGAAAGGAUAAUGAGAUCUUGUCUCUUAUUGGUUAUUUUGUAUUUUCCAUAAAUAAAUAAAUAAAAAAGGGUCAGAGAAUCCAAGGUUUGAGGUGCAAUGUAAAUCUUAUA